AUGGCGUGCUCUCCCUCUCCCUCUCCCUCUCCCCGGCUGCUCCACCGGGCGUCUGCUUCCGCUUCUCCGUUGCUCUCGGUCGGGCAUGUGCGCUCGGCCCCGUCCUCCACGUUCGGAUGCACCAUCCACUGCAAGCAAUCCGGACAUAUAUUGUAUGGAAGAAGCCAUGUGACAAGCUUCCUGGCUCUUGCUAGUGCAGAUAUGAACCAGGCACCACAAGGCAAAGGAAGUUCAGGUCAGAAAGUGAUAAUGGUUGAUCCACAGGAAGCUAAGCGCUUAGCAGUGAAACAAAUGCAAGAAAUUCGUGCCAGAGAUAAGCUGAAGAAACGUCGUCAAGCAGAAGCUAUUAACGGCGCAUUGGCGGUGAUAGGAUUGACUGCUGCAUUGGUAUUGGAAGGUCGGACAGGAAAGGGUAUCCUGGGACAGCUAGCAGGAUAUCUGGCGGCUUUAUCUAGUUUAUUUGGGCAAUAA